CGCCAAUGCAGACCAGCCGGAGAUUGCCGAGGUACUGUAUAUCAGCAAUCAGCCACAACCCUCCGUUGGAACUGGUGUAUUGAAGCGGCCCAAACGACCUCAAGACCUCUCUUCAAGGCUCAAAUAAUCUCCCCAAAUGGCUCAACGCGUCACCCUCCGAAAACGUCAACCCUACAACACCACCUCAAGCCGCAGACGCAUCGUAAAGACCCCAGGUGGAAAACUCGUAUACCACCACCUCAAGAAACUUGCUACUCAGCCGAAAUGCGGUGAUUGCGGUAUUGGUCUUCCUGGUGUCCCUGCUCUCCGCCCCCGCCAAUAUGCAACGAUUUCAAAGCGCCAAAAGACUGUGUGCAGGGCCUAUGGUGGCUCGCGAUGCGGAGACUGUGUCAAGUCGCGAAUUCUACGAGCAUUCCUUGUAGAGGAGGCAAAGAUUGUCAAGAAGGUCAUUAAAAGCCAGCAGAAGUCAGGAGGCCGCAAGUAAAUAGUGUCCUGAUCAGAACCCGACUUAGUAGUAGCCUUGUUGCAGUCGAAGUGAAGUGACUUCGCUUCGCUUCGUUAACUUCGAGAGAUGAAUCGAAGUUAUCGCAUAGAUUAAUCAUGAUCACUACAAGUCUAAAGUCUUAUAUGUGUCUCCUGUAUCUCUCAUAUUUCAAUGGUAAAACAUCACUGUACACCUAAGUACAUUUAAUACAAGCCUCUUGUACAUGCUAA